AUGGAUCUUUUCCUUUUCCCAGGUGCUUUCUUCCUAUUUUGUUUGAUGUUAGUCAAAAUUGUAAAGAAAUCCAAGCCUGUAAAGCUCCCACCAGGGCCAAGAAAAUUGCCCAUAAUAGGGAACUUGCAUCACCUUAAUGGCUCCCUGCCUCAUCGAACCCUAGCAGACUUGGCCAAGAAAUAUGGACCCUUGAUGCAUCUUCAGCUUGGUGAAGUUUCAACUGUAGUUGUAUCUUCUGCAGAUGUUGCAAAAGAUUUUCUGAACAAAUAUGAUACCAUAUUUGCUAAUAGGCCUACUCUUCUUACAUCAACCAUACUCUUUUACAAUAACACUCAUAUUAGCUUUUCUCCUUAUGGCGAUUAUUGGAGACAACUACGCAAGACCUACACGAUGGAGCUCUUGAGUGCAAGGCGUGUCCAGACAUUCCGAUCAAUUAGGGAAGAUGAAGUCUUAAAUAUGAUCAAAUCAAUCUCUUCAGAAGAAGGAUCAGUUGUCAAUUUUACCACUAAGUUGUAUUCUCUGACAUUGAGCAUCACUGCUCGGGCUGCUUUUGGUAAAAGAAGUAAAUACCAUGACGAGUUCUUGUCACUUAUGAACGAAGUUGUGAUAUUGUUGUCAGGGUUCAACGUCGUGGACAUGUACCCUUCUUUCAAGAUUCUCGAGAGAAUUACUGGAAUUAGACAUAAGCUGGAUAGGUUACACAAACAGAUUGAUGAAGUACUUGAAAACAUUCUCAAUGAGCACAAAGUCAAAAGAGCGGGGUGGAAACCUGGAAAUGGAGAAGCAAAUCAGGAUCUAGUUGAUGUUCUUCUAAAUAUUCAAGAAUCUGGGGAAUUUGGAGCUCCACUUACUGACAAUAACGUCAAGGCGGUCAUCUUUUUUAAUCAUCAGAACAGGAGUAGUAGUGAAGCUAAUAUUGAUCCUUUUGAACUAGCUACUUUUUCUUAA